CUCUCUACCUCAUCAUCUUAUCUCCUUUGCCGUUGUUCUUUUCUAUCAGAAGGAAAAGGAGGAGACCAUAUUGCUUCAGAGGAGAUAUAUCUGCAGAGUUAAACAGACCGAUCAACUAGCGGAAGGGAAGGAAUGCCAGCACGUAGAUACGCAUUUGGGAGGGCCGACGAGGCCACCCAUCCAGAGUCCUUGAGAGCCACUUUAGCGGAAUUUGUUGCCACUUUCAUCUUCGUCUUUGCUGGCGAAGGCUCUGUCCUCGCCCUCAACAAGUCGUAUAGGGAGACCGAUGCAUCGGCUUCGGGACUGCUGGUGGUUGCACUGGCACACGCUUUGGCACUCUUUUCAGCAGUAUCAUCCACUAUGAAUGUAUCUGGUGGACAUGUAAAUCCCGCGGUAACCUUUGGUGCUCUUCUUGGAGGAAGGAUAUCGUUCCUUAGAGCAGUCUACUAUUGGGUUGCUCAACUCCUUGGAGCCGUUAUUGCCUCCCUCUUGUUGAGGCUUGUCACUGCUGGCAUGAGACCAGUGGGUUUCUCUGUGGCAUCAGGGGUUGGAGAGAUGCAUGGGCUUUUGCUGGAGAUAGCAAUGACAUUUGGCCUUGUUUACACUGUCUACGCAACAGCCAUUGACCCGAAAAGAGGUACAUUUGGCACCAUUUCACCUUUGGCUAUAGGGUUUAUAGUAGGCGCAAAUAUCCUUGUUGGUGGGCCGUUCGACGGAGCUUCCAUGAACCCAGCAAGGGCAUUUGGACCUGCUUUGGUGGGAUGGAGAUGGAGGAACCACUGGAUCUACUGGGUUGGUCCUUUCAUUGGAGGGGGUUUGGCAGCACUCACAUACGAGUACGUCAUGAUACCCACAGAGCCACCGCAUCAUCACACCCACCAGCCCUUGGCUCCAGAAGAUUACUAGUUGUCAAUUACUUGCAUGUGCAAAUUUGAAAACUAUCAUCUUGUUUACCUCUAAGCUUUUGUGUAUCUUCUGUCGGCAACGUCGUCUGCUGCUUCUGCAUUUUUCCGUGCUCUGUUCCUACCUCUUUCAUAUUUUCUUCUUGGUGGUUGUGGUACCUUUCGUAGAUGGGCGCUCUCCAUUUGUCCAACUGUUGUCUGAGAAUAAAACCUUCCCUCCUCCCUCUCUGUUUCUCAUAUAUGUGAUGAUAGAAUUUGUUGUUACUCUCUUUGCAAGCAGUAAAAGGUUCAUCUA